UUUGUCUUUUGCCUUCAUUCCUUCUCCAUCACUAAUAAUCCCCUUUGCCCCUUCACUCUUUUUUCUUUAUUUAUAACUUUUCCUACUACUACUACUAGAUUUGCAGGGGACAAACCUAAACUUCUUCUCUUCUCCAAUUAGGGUUUUCCCCCUUACAGGACUAGUAACUAUUCUACUUGUGAAUUAAGUUCACUUCUUUUUCUUUUCUUUUUUCAAUCUGGCUACUGUUUAAGUGUUUUCGACUUUGUUUUUUGUAACUUUGAAGAAAUAAGAGCUAAGUUUUGAUCUCAAGGAGAGCUCCCUCAAAGAAAAAAAAGCUAAGUAGAGAUCAAGGAAUAAUGGCAUCAUCCAGCUCAUACAACUCCCCUUGUGCUGCCUGCAAGUUCUUAAGGAGAAAGUGUCUUCCUGGCUGCAUUUUCUCACCUUACUUCCCACCCGAAGAGCCUCAAAAAUUCAUCAACGUCCACAAAAUCUUCGGGGCUAGCAACGUCACUAAGCUCCUCAAUGAACUCCUUCCUCACCAAAGAGAAGACGCCGUCAACUCUUUAGCCUACGAAGCCGAGGCGAGAGUUAGAGAUCCCGUCUACGGCUGCGUAGGCGCAAUCUCUUUCCUCCAACGCCAAGUCGAGCGCCUCCAGAAGGAGCUCGACGCUGCUAAUGCGGACUUAAUCCGCUAUGCUUGCAAUGAGUUCACACCACCCGCUAUGCCUUUACCUGUUCAUCAUAACAUGCCUCUUAGACAAAUUAGUAGAAGAUCAUCAAUGGGACAUACACAUCAUGAUGGCGGAGGAGGAGGUGGAGGUUUAUAUCAAACACCUACUUAUCCAAUCCCAUAUUCUUUUCCUAAUUGGAAUGAUCAUCAAAACUCUUCAGGAGGAGGAGGAGGAGGAGCAAGUAUUUGAUAAUAAAUUCAUUUGUUAGGGUUUUGUGAUGACCCUCUUAAGUUUAAACCACUACUAUUACUACUAGUGUUUGGCCCUUUUCACAUUCACCGUCCUAUAUAUUAUUUCUUCAACUCAAAAAACACUUGUUGUUAGCAUUUUAUAUAUAAUAUGGCUAUUGUGUAAUAGUCACAUCUAUUACCUAAGUCCUAAAGAUGUGGCAUGGCAAGUCUAUGGCUGCUACAUUGAGAAAAAAAUGGCUAGCUAUAUAUUUGAAGUGUAGUAGUAAUUUAUUAUUUAUGGUCAAUAAACAAUAUAUAUAUAUAUAUAUAUAGCAACUAUUUCGCAUGUCAUU